CUGGAAGAGCAAACAGCUAACAAAAUGAUGACCAUCCCAUGAACUAAGCAGGAUUAGAACCCUACAUUAAGAAAGGAAAAAACUAUUUACAUCACAAUAAACUGUCAGAAAGUGAUUCAUACGGUGGAGGGAGGAUGAGACAGAUCCAGUCCGAUAACAACAUGGAGUUUCACUUUAACCAUCCUCAACAGACUACUAAUUGGAUGAUCACGGGUUCCUUCCCGCUCGAUCUGCAUAAUCAACACACUGAACCCAUAAAUCUGAAUUUUUGUUGCUUUUUGCUUAAGGUGUCUGUGAAGUUCGAGAGAAGCGAGGAGGUCGUCUGAGAUUUAUAGCUUUAAGUUGAGAGGGGUUGAAGAGAAAUUUCUUGCAUGAUGUUGAGUACGCUUGGCUGUCUCGGGGAGAGGAAGGCUUCUCAUGGGAUUAGGGUUUAGACCAUUCAAGUGUUGUUCUUGAAUGUAGACGAUGGUGGCGAGGAGUUUCUUAAUAGCUUUAGGUUUUCUGGUGAUAAUGGGGAAGAGGAAGAUGAAAAGAUAGAUUGUCGUAGAUGUAGAAAGAAAUGUAAAUAUGUUUUUUGGGUUUUUAUGGGCUUUAACGGGAAUUAAAAAGCACCGUAUUUAAUCUAUUUCGAGUUUCGACUUGACGUGGAAAAAAAAAACUUUUCUAUUGGUCUGAAUUAAAAAUCCAACGUGGACAUGCUCUCUGCUCACUAUAUCUUCCUUUUAGUAUAGGAUAGAUAUAAUUUAUAAAAUAAUAGCAAUUUAAAAGUUGAUCCACCUAUUUCUUUGUAGUCAUAUUAUAUGUUUUAGAUUUUGAUCCGUGGAUGUAAUGUUGGUUUGUAAUUUUUUUUUAAUGUUUCUAUAAAUAUGUAACAUUUAUUGAUAAUCUCCCUAAUAUUGUUUAAAUAAAUUAGAUACAAUUAUAUAAAGAGAAUAAUAAGAAGCUUCUUAAAUAAAAUGAAUAAACAGUUAGACAUAAAUUAAAUUUCUAGAAACAUAUUUAUAGAAACAUAAAAAUAAAAAAAUUACAAACCAACAGUAUAAAUACGGGUCAAAUUCUAGAGCAUACAAUAUGAUUACAAAAAAAACGGGAACACGGAAUAUAUUUACAAAGAACCGAACGUAUGUUGGAUCAACUUUUAAAUUGCUAUUAUUUUAUAAAAUAAAUUUUGAUUAUACACCAAUAUGAUAACAAAGAAUACACAAAUAUAAAAAUUAAAUUUUUUUUAUAAAAUUAAAACAAAAAAUAUACCCGCCCUUCGAAGGGCAGAUCAAAAUCUAGUUUGAUUAUUAAAAGUUUCGGGUGAACAAAUACAAAAAUAGAAAUUUAGUAAAAACAUUUUUUUGGAAUGGCACCAAGAAUAUUCCACGACGGAUUAAGUAAGACUAUGAUUAACUCCGGGUUCUUAGGAUAAGGUUUUUAGCUUCAGCUAAGAACCGUUUCGUAGCUUUUAACAAAGAAAAGAUAAGAACCGUCUUUUAAAUAAAAGAUAUAAGAGCUGAUUUUUAGUCAAAAAAUAUAAAAAGAAAAUGUCAAAUCAUGAGUUAAAAACCCUAAAUUAAGAACCCCAGUUAAUCAUGCUCUAAGAGGUCAACCAAAAUUUAGGAGAUUGACAUGGCCUUUUCAUUAUUAUUUUUAUUAUUUAUUGAAAUUCUAGCUCAUAAAAACUAUUUUGAGUGGAUUUCACAAUUACGUAAAAUUAUUUACAAAGAAAAAGUUAUCAAAUUUAAGUAAAAAUUAAAUAGGAAAUGUUUCCCAUGUAAUGAUUUUUCACUUAUGAUUUUGAAAAUAACAAAAAGGCUGGUGCAACUGGAAUGCAUUUUUUUGGAAUAGAAACUUCAUGAAUGCUUAAUUCCUUCUUAUUCCAUAAAAUAUUCACCAGUUGCAAUGAAAAAAAGGAAUGACUAUUCCAUCUCAUUCCAUAUUAUUCCUUUUCAUUCCAAAAAAUAUAUCAAUAUUCUUUUGAAAAACCAUUCCACUUAAAAAUAGUUCUGGAACAAAUAUUCCAUUCCAUUGAAUUCCACUAAUUAUCAUUCCUGUAAUUCUACUUAUUCUUUUUAUUAACAUCCAGUUACAACCAAAAGCCAAAGUGAAACUUUCUUUCGUCUGUAGUGCAUUUUAGUUUUGGAUCGGAUCUGUUUCGUUUACCAAACAAAACAAUUCUAAUAAAAAGCGGCCCAAACUUUAAUGAUGGACCUCUAAGAAUAUGAGCCGCAGUCAAAAUAGGCCUGUUUCUCUCUAUAAAACAAAGACCCUAUAAGCCCUAAAUUUUCAAACCCGCUCCAUAGCCGUCGACAUUCUAUCUUCUUCUUCAUCUGUCGUAAUUUUACUUUUAUUUGAAUUCGAUUCAUCUUGUAGAUACGAAUACAAUCGUUAGAAUGUGCUUCAUAAUGGUGAACUCUCUUAGAUUAUAAAAGUGAGAGAUGUUCAAGUUUCCGGAGCAAAGAUUAAUCUGGCCAGAAUUUAAACAGCACUGUGUUUAUAUAUCUCUUUAAUGUUCACAGUGUUACCUGUCUUCUGGUAUAUUUAUAUGUUUUGUUUUUGUGUGGCAGUGAUGAUUAAAUCUUAACAGCUUUACGCCAGUUCUGCUUCAGAAAAUUCUUGAUAGAAGAAGCUGUAUAUAAAUUCUGAGCUUUUUAAAAAAAAUAUAUAUUCUUGAUUAAUUAUUUUAUUGUUGCCGAUGAGGAAAUCCAAUUUUGCGAGGUGCAGUGGAGCUGAGACCCUGUUUUCAGGGAGAACCCCUUAGCAGAAACUGCAAUUUCUAUGAAGCUUGUGGAUUAACUGAGGCUUUGUCUCUUGAUGUAAAUUUGUCGUGUUUGUAUAUCAGCUUUGUCUCUUAGUUUUGGCCUUGAUAAGUUCAAUCAAUAGCCUCGAUAUAAAUGAGCUUAAAAUUCUAUCAAAUUAUCAUGAUUUAUUUGUUCUCUCUAAUCCGUGAAAAACCCGAGAAGUUAAAUUAAUAACCCACAAGAAAGAAACUCGUAAUUUUGUAGGAAAGUGUUUCUAGAAAAGUCUAGUUCUAAAUUUUAGCAAAAAAAAGACUAGUUAAUAAUUUUAUAAACUUUAAAUUGAGGGAUAUAUAGGUUUCAAACUAGAUCUUUCUUGCAAGACAAGCUUGAAAUACUAAAGUUGCUAAGAGAUAUUGUCUUACAAUCAUAAUACCUGCAGAAAUACCAAGUCAAUCUAACGCAACCGAAACCCAUUGAAACGUUAGUUCAUCUAACCCUUUUUUGUCUUUUACCGCAAACAUGUAUAUAUCUAGUUUGAACUAGCGCCACAUUUAGCUUUACCUUAUUAAAUUUUGUAGUAAGAGCAUCUUUAUCACUCUCUUUUGAGCGUCUCUUAAGGAAGGACUCACGGUUUAGAAAAAAUGGUGUGUUAUGUGUGCAAAAUAAGAGACUGUGUUGUGUGGUUUUUGCACUGUUUGCGGGCUCCACCAACACUUGACAAUCUACGAUUAGUGCGCUUUUUAAUUUGUUUUUUUUUAAUCAGAAGAAAAAAAAUUAAAAAACCUUUAAUGGAUUUAGGGAUAAAGGUGCUCUAAGUGUACUCGUUGUAAUUAGUUUGUAUUGAAUGUCUUCAUGAUUUCUUUUUUUUUUUUGAAUUGAAUGCUAAAUUUAAUUCAAAAAGAAAAAAUUCUUUGCUUUACAUCAAGUGUAACUAUUUUGAAAAGAAAAAAUUCGAAUUUCUAUCUCCUUUUUCAUGAUUUCGUAUACUAUAAAGCUAUGUCAAAAGUUGAGCAAACAAAUUACCAAUGGUUAUUUGUCAACAGUAAUCACAUUUAGUCCCGGCUUUGUCCAUGUGCCAAGAGUGCAUAUGAACAUGGUCCAUUGUACAAAUUAAUAAUACACUAUUAGUACAAAUUAAUAAUAACUGGGAUUUUAUUUAAACCAAAAAAUGAAAUUCGAUGUUUUUAUAAGUUUUAUAGCUAUAGUCUAUAUUGUAUAUAGUAAACUAGAAAUAUUAUAUGAAAUUAAAUAUGGAAAUUAUAUUAAAUUAGAAGUUUAACCUAUUUUAUUUUUAAAAAUAUUAUUUGCAUUUAAACUGAUUAGUACCAUCCACCACUAGAACGGAUUAAAAAUUUUUAAAAUAGAGAAUAUUGUUAUAAGAAAAUAAAUUGUUAACAUAUGUUAAACUUUUAUAUCUAAACUACAUUCUUUUGAUUUUUAUUUUGGAACUUACAACUACAUAUUAUCUAAAAUUAAUUAUAUAUUAAAAAUCAAAAUUAUGAUAAAAUAUAAUUUUGCUUUUUGAAAACGUGGAUCAUAAUCUAAUUUUUUUAAUGCAGAAAAAUAAAUUUGUUAGGCAAAAUAAUUCAAUAGAUAGAAAAUAAAAGAAGUUUCUUUAUAAGAAGAAAACAGAAACUACAUACAAUGAUGGUUAUAAUAAAGCAUACAGUGAUGGUUAUGACCUGGUAAAGACAAAUUAUUUACAAACUUACGAAAAAUGUAGACAUUCACAUAUCUCUCAAUUCGUUUUUCAUAUAUUAAAGUUAAAAACACAAUGUCAUGUUUAGUAAUCUUUUUAAAUAUACUGACGAUAUAUAUAUGCAUGCAUUUUCUUGAUCAACCAAAUUAAUACUAAGAAAUAUCAUAAUACUUUGUUGGUUGAACUUGUGAGUUCACCUUUACUGUAAGCGUCUGUUUGAAUGUUUGUUGUUUAAGCUUUACUUUUUGCUUGUCUAAUUUGUUGUUCAAGACUUUGGUUGGUUUGGCUCUUUGUAGUUUGUUGUAUCCUCCUUUAAUGGAGUUAGAACUUUUUAAGUUUAAUGCAAGUUUUGUUUGUCCAAAAAAUCAUAAUAAAUAUUUCUUAAAGAGAACAGCCAAAGUAAAUAAAAUUUUAUUUUAAAUGAAUAGUAAAUUUAUGUUCAAUUAAUCAAAUAUACAUUACCGCAGAGUGUCCGGGAGUUGAAGGAGAGUUUCAAAAGUAUUGAUAUACAUUAACUUUAAGUUUCAAAUAUACAUUAACGUUCGAAACUCUCCUUCAACUCCCUUAACACUCGCUAUCUAAGUGAAAGCUCUUGGUUUUUUCAAGUUUCUGUGUUUUCAAGUUUUUGGCUUGAGAGAAUCGAGUGUCGUCGAAGAAGAAGAAAGUGUUCGAACUUUUAAUUUUGAUUUUUUUCUCCAAUUUAAAACGAUGACGUUUUGACUAAUGAAUCAAAACGACGUUAUUUCUCAUUUUGCUUGAUAAAUCUAAUGCCACGUAUUACCUGACUAAGAUUCAUUUAACUUUUGACUUAUGAUAAGUUAGUUAAGGUAUAUUUUGAUGCUACGGAUAUAAUUUCGGGACUAGAAUUUAAAUUAAUUUUUAGUUUAGAUUUGUUUUAGCACUUAUGUUUUGUUUGGGUUUAAAAAUGAACAACACGAAUAGUGGGGGUCGAAAAAAGCCAUGCUUCCUAUUGUUUGGAUAUCUGAAUGUUUUACUGCUAUGUAUUGUCUUGGUAAAAGAAAAUAAACCGUGAUACAACUUUUGUGGUUGUGAGAAGAAAGAUUUAGAGCACCUGCAGUGGUACGUCUCUCAUCCAUAUUUCUCAACAUUUUAGAAGGAAAUAAAUAGAAAAAGGAAAACGAGAAGAAAAACAAGAAGUGAGAGAAGAGAACUGUCUAUUUAUCUAGAGACGUUACAAAGGCUGUCAGAGACGUUUCUUGUACGUUGUCCUGCAGUGAUUGGAUGAUAUAUCUUUAUUUAAAGUUUAUUUGUUUUUAUACUGAUAUUGUUAUGGUUAUGAAUGGGAGGCAGGAGAAAGGCAGAUCAUCUGCUGUUGCAGGAGAACUGCACUUGAAUCACACAUUCACCAUUUUCUGUUUUUAAAAUUUAUUUGGCAGGAGAACUGCAAGCAGUUCAGAAUUUUUUGUCUUUUUCUGUGAAAAAGCAGAUCUCCCACAUGCAGUUCUGUCCACUACUAUUUGGUGAUGUUCUCCCACUUUUUUUCUUUUUUGACCAAUAAAUGAUUUUAUUACAAAUUAUUAAUAUAUUUAAUAAUCUUCUAUAAUCUUUUAUAUUUAAUACUAACCAUAUUUAAACUACAAUAUUAUACAUUUACAUAAUUAAAAAUUCACAUAUCAUAUAAAAAGAGAGAUAAGUAGACAAUGAGAUGUUUUUUUAAUAGAAAAUAGAAAUAUUUGGUUAAUUACUAAUAUUUUCAUUUUUUUAAUUUUAAAUUUUAGUAACAUAACUUUAGUGAAAUAUUUAUUGUUAUUUACGUAUUGUAUUUGUAUAUUAUGUAUAUUAUUGUUAUUUUUAUUAUUUAAAUAUAUAAUAUAUUUUUAAAUUGCUUUUAUCAUUAUAAAUUGUAAUUAAUGUUUUCAAAAUCGGACCAGAGACGGUAGAUCAAACUGGUCAGACCGUGACUUAUUUUUUCGACUUGUUUCUGGUUGUGUUAAAAACCGGAUUUGAGUUAUACCGGUAAAUCCAAAUCAAAAACCGGUCAAACAUGCUAAAAUCGUGAUCUGAUUCGAUACUAAAAGCUGGUUUUUAAUUAAGUUAAAAAUUAUAAUUUUAUAAAAAUCAUAAAAAUUUCAUACGUUUUCUAAUAACCAUUUAAAUAAAUUGAGUUUGUCAUAUUUUAUAUCAUUUUAUUUUGAUAUCAUUUUAGAUUCUAACAAUGAUAAAAUUGCAUGAGAAUAAUUUUGUAGCUGUACUUAUAUAUAUAUAUAUAUACAUAUAUAUAUAUAUAUAUAAUUAAUUAAUUUAAUGUAAAAUUUAAAUUUAAAAUAUGGUUGGACCAAUUCAACCGUUGUUCUGUCUUUCUCCCACAUGAUCUGCUUGAUCUGCAUGAUCUGCUCUUAAUCUGCUUGAUCUGCAUGUUCUGCUUGAUCUGCACCGCUUGAACUGCUUUUACCAUUCGAACCCUAUGUUAUACUAUGAGACCAUCUUUAUCGCGGACUUUAGUGGGGUUUCUAAACAAAAAGAGUGAUUUAAUUAAAUAAAAAGUAAUUAGAAAGGUUAUUACCGAUCCUUAGUUUAGGUUUUUUGUGAUCGAUUAUUUGGUGGGUUUCAAACCACGUGUCAAUAAAUCAGAGGACUGAAUUUAUAUUUUUCUUUUUAUUUUCUUUCUUUCUUUUGUUUUUUUUUUGCAUUCUUUCUCGUGGUCUUUGUUUUCUCCGUCAAGAGAGAGACUCAAAUCGACGACGUCUCUCUGUCUCGUCCCACUUCGCUCGUCUUCUCCAUCGGAUCAAGGAUCGAGACCGAAGACCGACGACGUCUCUCUGGCUCCUCACGGAGAUUCCUCCGCCUUCUCCGCCAAAACCGACGAUCAAAACCGAGGAUGAGUCACGUGGUCCUCACGGAGUCUCGUCGCACUUCUGUCGUCUUCUCCGUCAGAUCAAGGAUCAAAACCGAAGACCGACGACGUCUCUCUGGCUCCUCACGGAGAUUCCUCCGCCUUCUCCGCCGAAACCGACGAUCGAAACCGAAGACGAGUCAGGUGAUCCUCACGGAGUCUCGUCGCACUUCUCUCAUCUUCUCCGUCAGAUCAAGGAUAGAAACCGAAGACCGACGACGUCUCUCUGGCUCCUCACGGAGAUUCCUCCGCCUUCAUGUGAGUGUCGACGACUCUGUCCGUGUUGACGGCGCCUCCUCCGUCGGUCUUUCAGCUCUGGCCAACGAUCUCUUCAACGUGGAGAUAAGUUCCCAACUAAUUACAUCCUUCUCGUUUCAAUUCAUGAAUGCAUGUGAUAGUAGUUAAGUUAAUGAAUGGUGAUUACGGUUAUAAGUUUUGUGUAUCAUUAUAAAGAUGUAGCCUUUGAUCGAACUUUGUAGGCUACUUAAAUGUUUAGUAUGUUUUGUCUGAUUGUUUAGUUAAAAAGUCAUUAGGAUACAAUGAGAUUGUUAGUUAAUCUUCAAACUAAUACUGAAGAUCAGAGUGGACUUGGUUUGCUUGGUUUGCGUAGGAGAAUCAUGUGAGGAGGCAAAGAUCAGAGUGAGGACGCAAAGAUCAGAAUGAUCUGACUACUUGAGACUUUUGGUUAGGAUAUGGAUUCUAGUAAUCAAUUUAGUCAGACAUCCAAUUUUGUUGAUCUGUUGAACAGUCAACAAGAUACUGACUUUCCUGAAACCUAUCCGUAUGCAAGUUUCUCACAUGGAUCAUCACAACUCCCGCGGCAAACUUCAAGCUUCUGUGAAGUCUCAACGACAAAGCGUAGAGAAAGAAAGAAAUGGACAGUCACUGAUGAUCUUGUGCUCAUUAGCGCUUGGCUAAACACAAGCAAAGACCCUGUGGUGGGCAAUGAGCAAAAAGCAGGUGCAUUCUGGCAGCGCAUUGCAGUGUACUUUGCAGCAAGUCCGAAGUUGGAAAGAGGAGAAACCCGAGAGCCCAUUCAGUGCAAGCAAAGGUGGCAGAAGAUGAAUGAUCUUGUGUGUAAGUUUUGUGGGGCUUAUGCCGCGGCAACAAGGCAGAAAACAAGUGGCCAGAACGAGGCUGAUACUGUUAAACUGGCACACGAAAUCUUCUACAAUGAUCACAAGAUUAAAUUUAAUCUUCACCAUGCUUGGGAGGAGCUCAGGAAUGACCAGAAAUGGUGUGAAAUUGCUUCAUCCAAGCUUGAUGGAGGCGGAAAGAAGAGAAAGCAUGACGAUGGAGCACAAUCUGAAAGCUCUCAAGCAACUUCCAAUCUCGGAGCUUCACCAACGAACCGUCCUCCUGGUGUUAAGGCUGCGAAAGGAGCAGCUGGUAAGAGAAGUUUAGGGGAUCACCAGGCUGUCACUCACUUUCAGACCAUGUGUUCUAUUAAGGAGAAAGAUUUGGCGGUUAAGGAGAAAGAUUUGGCGGUUAAGGAGAGAGUUUCGAAGAUGUCUUUGCUUGACAGUCUCAUUUCCAAAAAAGAUUCACUUUCUGAAGCUGAAGAAGCUCUAAAGCAGAAGUUACUAACGGAGAUGCUCAGUAUUUAGUGCCACUUGUUCUGUUUUUCUAGGUUUCAUGUUCUGUUUGUCAUCAAGGUUUCAUGUUGUCUUUAAGUCGCCCUAAUUAUGUAUGUUAGUUUAAGCUGAAAAAUGUAUGAGUUGCAUGUGUUGUAUGUCUUUCUGUUUCACGUUUGUAUAAUUGUAUAAUUAUAAAAAAGUUUCUUCUGUUCUUGUAUAAUUAUAAAAAAGUUUCUUCUGUUCUCUGUUCUUGUAUAAUUAAUUGUGUUCUAUGUCUUUCUGUUUCUUGUGAAAAAUGUAUGAGUUGUAUGUGAUGUGUUUCUGUUUCUUUGUGCAGAGAAAUGAAGAGAGUGUCUGUUUGUGUCACGUUCAGUCACAAGAGCAUGCAAAGAUAUGAAGAGAAGUUUGUCUGUUUGUGUCACGUUCAGUGACAAGAGCAUGCAGAGAUAUGAAGAGAAGUUUGUUUGUUUGUGUCACGAGCUGUGUAUGUGGGCUUCUCAAAGUCAUGAGUGUGUCGCAUUAUGUAAAUAUUGUCUUUGCUUUUUCUAGUUUGUUGUUUUCCUAUAGUCACGAGUGUAAUAUAUUAUGUCUUCUGUUAUAUAAACGGUUCAUUCACAAAGCUUUUGAAUCACAAAUUCUUUUUCUCUUCUUCUCACAAAUUCUUAUUCUCUCCCAAAGUUUGGCCUUUACUAAUACGCAUUCUCCCAAAUUCUCUCCUUGAAACUCAAGUUUUUUUUUUAUACCUUCCAUCUCUUGAUCACAAAUAUGGCUUCUUCAUCACAUAACAAUUUUGAGGGAGAGGGAGUUGAGGCUGAAACGUUUGAUGAAUAUUUCGAUCAAUAUUUUGAUCAAUAUUUCGAUCAAACGUUUGAAAAUUUAGCCAUUGAGUGUGAUCAAGAAGUCGCAAGAAAAAAAA